GUGCCCCAUCCCUCCCUGGCUUGAGUUGGUCAAGAAACACAGGCAGGGGGUCGCCAGGCCAGGUGCGGCUGCGUCCCCAUCCCCCACGCACGCACAAACGCGUGGUCGCCCGAACCCUGUGCCCCGCAGCGUUCGAUCUCAGGACCGGGACACCCUGGGCCAGGGUCGCCUCGGCACGGCGCGCGGCGCUGUGGCAGCGCCCGCCUCCCGUUUCCCUCCUCCUGCCUCGGUGGCCGCGCAGGGUGGGAGUCGAGAGCAUCUCCAAGCGCCCAAGCCAUGGUGGCCAAACAGCGGAUCCGGAUGGCUAACGAGAAGCACAGCAAAAAUAUCACCCAGAGGGGAAACGUAGCCAAAACCCUGAGGCCACAAGAAGAGAAAUAUCCUGUUGGGCCAUGGCUGUUGGCAUUGUUUGUUUUUGUUGUCUGUGGCUCAGAAACUUGCUCCAGGAUAGACUUGAGUCCCCCAUGUUUGCAGGUUGACCACAUAAAUACUGGCCUUUCCUGGAUACUGCCAGAACAUUCUGGAAACUGCUUCCAGAGAAAGUCCACUCCAGAGACCAUCAUGAGGUACAUGAGAACCGGACAGCCCCAGAGGACAAAGAUGGACAGUCUGGAGGAGACGUCUCUGCGGCCAUCGACCCUCACAAGCUAUCUUCCAGAUCAUACAGAGCAUAAGGAUGGGCAUGUGAGAAGGCCACGAUGCUGGCUGCUGCUGCCCUCCUGCUGGCAGGUAGAGGACCACGGAGGCCUUCGGCGGCUCUAUAGGAAGCAAAUAAGCCAUGGGUGAUAGAAAGGAGGUCCCCUGUUGUCCCCUCCCACUCCAUGGUGGAGGUCAGACCAAAUUGCCUUCUCACAGGACAUCUCCGUGCAUCUGUGUCCUCCAGCGGAAAGGACUCUGCUCUUCGGUUGGCCGAUUGGAAGCCACGAGGGGGGUCGGCAGCAGUGCUCUCUGUCUGGUUCCCCGGGUUUCACUGUGGUGUGCAUGUGGUCCUCUGAGAGGCCGUCCAUUUACAUCCUGCCAAUAUUACAAUCUCUUCCGUGUCAGGAAUUGGUUUUACAAAUAAAUGUCUUCAUUCAACCUUACUACUGCGUGUGAGUUGCAGAGC